AUGGAACCGAAUAUCCACCAACCACGAGUGAAAGAGUGUAAAACCCAACAGAACGCAAACAAAAGGAUAGAAAGAAGGGGGAGCCAGGAAAUGAUAGUCUUAGUUUUGAUCAGUCGUUUUGGAAAUACAAUUCACUUUUCAAAGCCGAAAAAGGGGAGUAAAGCUCUGCCAUAUGUCCAAGUGAAAAAGAUAGAAGGCGGAAUUGGAGAGCUUUUUCAAGACGACCAAUCGUUUGAAGACAAAUGCACUAAAAAUGGGAAGAGGGAUAAAGAAAUAUUUACGGCACUCUCGAUGGAAUGUUUCGUUGAAAUCAUUGAGAGGUUUGGCGUCCAACUCAAAACAAAAUUGAGACAAACAAGCCAGAACCGACCCAAAUUCAAAAAAAUCACUUCGUUUACACUGGAUAAGGAUUAUAUCAUUACAAACGACCUUAUCUAUGAAAUUGGAAAGGAAAUACUUUUUGAAGUUGUACAACACCUCCGGAGUGGUUCAUGUGGAAUAGUUUUUGAUUUUCACACGUUCAGGGGGUUGAAAGUUGAUUGGGGAAAAGAGACGGCACUUUUCUUUCAAAAAGUUGAAGAGAUUAAUACACUUGACAGCAUCCACUGCGAAACUCCAAACCCAAUAACCGAGAACAAAGAAACAAGAGACUUUGUGAGUACCCAAACGUAUGAAGUCCCUUUUGAUUCAGUGAAUUACUUCGCAUUACAAUACAUGGAGUGUAAAGAGGAUGACAUGCAAAUAGAAAAGGAAAGCAGAGAAAAUGAAUAA